ACACAACAUAUAUCCUUAUCAUACUUAUCUGCUCUUUAUAUAAAGUCAAUAAAUUGGUUCUUGUAGCAGAAUCUGGAGUUAAUCAGUUACGACAAGAGACAAUUAGAAUAAAAGAUUGGGGAGAAAACGGAGGGUUGAAGAGGUGAACUUCAGGAUGCUGCUUUUGCUCCUUCUAACCCAUGUUUCAGUGUCACUUGCUGUACAGUGUGACCUCACCAAAGUGGCCAUUAUUGGAGGCAGCUACACUGUGAGCGAUGGAGGAAAUGUCGGCAGUAAAGUAGAGUACCAGUGCCCAAAAGGGAAAUACCCAUACCCGAAAUACACUCGUGAGUGCCAGUACAAUGGGUUCUGGACGGAUCAGAAGGCAAAGACAAUCUGUAAAGAUGUUCGUUGUCCCAGACCAGUUACAUUCGAAGAUGGGGAUUAUGAACCAAGGCAACCUUUUUACAAAGUGGGAGACACAUUGUACUUCGAAUGUUAUUCAGGGUUUACAAUGAAGGGGCCACAGAACCGCACUUGCCAGGAAAAUGCCAAAUGGACUGGAGAGACGACUAUUUGUGAUGACAACAAUGGUUAUUGUCCUAAUCCAGGGAUUCCUAUCGGGGCCAGUAAAUCAGGAUCUUCUUACAAGAUGGAGAACAAAGUGUCCUAUAACUGCCAGCAAGGUCUGGUUAUGUUUGGAUCCAAGGAAAGAGAGUGUUUAGAGGACAAGUCUUGGUCAGGAACUGAACCUUCAUGCAGGCAGUGGUAUACUUAUGAUACUCCAAAGGAGGUGGCCAAAACUUUCUCUUCCUCCAUGUUAGAAAAUGUGGACACCACAAAUCUGGAAGAUAGAAGUGAUAGAAGUGUGCGGAUAUUAAAGGAUGGCUUAAUGAACAUCUUCAUUGUCCUGGAUACUUCUAAAAGUGUAGGGCAAAAUAGAUUUGAUGAGGCCAAAAGCGCCAGUAUACUAUUCAUUGAGAAGAUGUCCAAUUAUGACAUAAAGCCUCGGUACUGCAUCAUCUCAUAUGCUUCUAAAGCAAUCUCAGUGGUUUCUCUCCGAGAUCCAGAUAGUAACAAUGCAGAUGCUGUGAUGGAACAUUUGGAAGAAUUUCAGUAUGAUCGUCAUGAAGAUAAGCAGGGAACCAACACACGUGCGGCUCUGCAUGCCAUUUAUGAGCAUCUUAUAGAGCAGGAGCUGGCGUACGAGCGAGAAGGCAAAAAAGAAGAUUUUAUGAAGAUCCACAAUGUUAUUCUACUCAUGACAGAUGGAAAGUUUAAUAUGGGAGGUGACCCUCGAGAAGAAAUGAAAUUGAUCAAACGGUUCUUAGACGUUGGCAUAAGAAAGGAUAACCCACGAGAAGAAUAUUUGGAUGUGUAUGUCUUUGGGCUGGGUUCAGACAUUGAUCAACCUGAGAUCAAUGACCUUGCAUCCAAGAAAGAAAAAGAAGUUCACACCUUCCACCUGCAGAACGUGGAAAAAAUGAAAGAAUUCUUCGAACUGAUGAUAAUUGAAGAUGAUGUAUUUGAUACCUGUGGUCUGUCAAAAUAUCAUUCAGUUGAGCUAGAUCCGAAGAAAAAGGCAACUGUGAUGUUUCCCUGGAUUGUUAAAAUAACUAUUACUCAUAAUGGCAUACAAUACUGUAAAGGAACCAUCCUGUCUCAAUAUUUCAUCUUGACAGCUGCUCACUGCUUCGAUCUGGAUGAUAAAACUCAAAAAAUACAUGUUAAGAUAGAUGGAAAGGAAUACCUUGUAAAAGAUUUCUACAGGCACCCGAAAUAUGACCCGAUAUCCAAGAAAGACAAAGGCAUCAAGAGAGCAUUUGAUUAUGAUGUUGCUCUGCUUGAACUGCAGAGAAAUGAUAAGAUUGAAUUCUCCGAAAAUGCCAGGCCAAUCUGUAUUCCAUGUACCCAGGGCACAGCACAGGCACUGAAGCAACCAGGGGCACCCUGCAGCAGCCACGAGAAAACUUUAUUGUCUGAAGAGGAGGUCAAAGCUGUCUUCAUAGCAGAGGAAUCAAACAAACCAAUGAAAGAGAUGCAUGUGUUAAUAAAGAGAGGAAGUAAGAGAAGUGCUUGCCUAGAAGCUGCUAAAAAGGCACCAGAACUGAAGAAUGUGACAAAUAUUGAGGAUGCUGUUACGGACCAAUUUCUCUGUACUGGGGGAAUUGUACCAGUGGUGGAUCCACCAGUAUGUAAAGGAGAUUCAGGAGGUCCACUACUCAUCCAAGUUAAAAGGAGAUAUGUUCAGGUUGGCAUCAUAAGCUGGGGAACUGUGGAUCACUGUGACAAAGGUACAAGAAUAAAACAGACUCAAAAGAAUGCCCGGGACUUUUACCAGGACAUUUUCAAAGUACUGCCUUGGAUACAGAAAGUUUUGGAGGAAAAACAUGAAGUUCUCACUUUCCUUCCCAACUAAAUGAAACAAAUGGUCACCUUUUGGGUACAACCGGUAGCGCUGCCGAACUAACAACAACACAGAAUCACUCUCAUACCUUGCUAUUUGGUUUGCAGUCAUUUACCUUGUCCAUAAUCACAAAGAAUGAUGAGCUUAGGAACACACACACAGCAUUAGUAAAGUUUUAUUCUAAAGCUCUACUACACACAUCCAUUUUCCUGUAGAGAUGUGCUCAAUAUAUGGCAAUGUCAGUUUAUGGUCUCUGUAUAGGCUAUGGGAAAACUUGAGGAGUUGUUAUAGUUAAUGUCAAGUAUAAAGUCAGGGUCAGAGGUAGGUGAUAGGAAAGAUUGUAGGCAGAGAGCACGAGAUAAUGAAAUUAUUAAUACAGUGGCGAUUCACAUGUACAUUCUGUCUGUCUGCAACAUGAUCGAUCCUUUCAGCAAUUGCCAGCAACCAGACAGCAGUUCAAUUUUUAUCCUAUCUGCCAAUCAGAUAACAAAUUGAACUGUAAAAGAAAGUGGUUGAGAGCAAAAUGAUAGAUAAAUCAAAUGAUCCACACAAAGGCCUUCUGUUAUAGAAUGUCACUGUCUGCAGGAUGUAAUAAAAGGUGCAAAGUUUGAUACAGGCAUAGUCACCUAUAGCAAACAAUCAAUAGCAACAAAUCAGCAGGGAAAAUUUUUCUGUUAUUGGUUGCUAUGGGUUCAGGAUUGUUUUAAUGUCAAUGUCCCAUUUUAUAGAAAUAUUCAAUGUUUCUCCACUAUGCUCAGCUAUUCAUGCUGCUUUGGAAAUCAGUGCUUGUACCCAUCAUGUUUGCUGACUAAUCCUACACCUAAUUCAAAAACUAUCCUUUAAAAAUAAACCUUUAUUAUUUGUACUAUUUC